AUGUACCGUUUUUGUGAGCACCGGUCUGGGCAAACAGAAAGACUGAUCUUCUGGAGCAAAACGUUCAACGACGACUGGAAGUUGAAAAACUUGUCGUUCAAAAUCGUCAUCUUGGAGCUCUUUGCUGCGGAUUCCUCCCUCUCCCGGUUAACAGGCAGAAUUGGAACACCCAACGAGGAAGGCUUGUCGUUCAACGAGAGGAUCUUGGCAAACGAAACAAGACAACAGAGACCAGGCAUUAAUUCUUGGAAAUUCAUCUUGGACUUGCACCUCAUUGCGCUUUCAACAUCAACAAACUCGACAAUGGCCACCAGGUCGGGGUUUUCGCUGCAAGUGACGAUCCGGACCGAGGUCAUUGGGCCAAACUGA